CGCAAAGACGACGAUGGAGCUUGCGCACAGAGUGGAGGAGGAGUUGAGGGUGGCAGCAGACAGCAGCCAGGUGCCAGACCCAACGUUCAGCAAGGUGCUCAGGCAUGCAGCCAGCGCGUUGACACAACAAAGCAGCGACGAAGAUGUGGACGACUUGGACCGCCCUGCAAAGCAGGCACACGCAGGUGUCGUGACCCUUCUGGCAGAGGCAUGCAAACAACAAGCCACAGCCGAAUCCCUGAGUUCACUGUUGGAAGACCUCAGCUUCAGCGAGUCCAGGGCACAGCAAGUGGUGACCGCAUAUCAGGAGAACAUGACAGUGGCGAGAUCACAUUUGCGACGGCUGGCAUCUGAGCUGCCGCAUGUCGUCGACGUGAAGUGGCGCCUUGAUCACACGACCAAAGGCAACAACCUCGAAAGCAUCCAGGAGCCACUCUACACCGUGUCGUUGAAGACCGAGAAUGCUGGUGAGAGCAAGACGAUCGAGUUCACGUGCAACGUGGCAGAGUUGCAGGACCUGGUGAGCACGCUCAAGGACGCAUGCAAGGCUGUCAGUGACCUUCAGUCGUAGCUUUUGUAUGUUGUAAGUGUUUAUGUGUGAUUUGAAGGUGUGUGUGUGCGUGUGUGCGUGUGUGUGUGUGCGUGUGUGAGCUUCACAUCUCUCUCUCUCUCCCUCUCUCCACGCGCGCUCUCUCUCUCUCUUUCUUUCUCUGCGCCAUCCCUGCCUUCCCCCUCUCUGCUAUCUUUUCUCUCUCUCUCUCUCUCUCUUUCCUCUUCGUCCUGCCCUCUCUGUCCUCUCUGUCCUCUCUAUCAUCGUCAUUGCACAUGGGGCGUUUGUUACACAGCUUCAGCGCGUGCAUAUGUGUGGGGGAUGAAGCGUGUAUUCAAAAGCAAGCAAGCGAGCAG